AUGGCGACACGUAUUAUCCCUGCUGAUUGGAUCAAAAACUGGGAAAAAUCUGGAAAACAUGAGUUGUAAGUUGUAUUAUAUUGUUAAAUUGUGAAGACGAAUGUCUUGGUAUUUAGUUUUCCAUUAUGGUUGUUGAGCCAUGCAACCGGUUCCCAUCGUUGACCUGUACAAGACCCGGGCAAACUCGCGAUGUGAAUUAGCCAACCUAGCGUGCUAACUAUUUCUUAAUAGCAAGAUAAAGUUGGCUACAGUUCAAUAAUGUUGUUUGAAGUAAUAAUUUGGUACAGCACUUGUACAAUCCCUGUACUGCAACACUGGCCCAGGCCAUUAGAUGCUAACUAGCUAGCUAAAUAACUUUUGAGUCCCGUCUGUCCUCCGAGGCAGCUAGCUAGUUAGCUUAGCGCUGAAAGCCAAUGGACUAGCUAACUAGUCAGCUAUUGAUGCAUGCUAGCCUGAUGGUUGACACUGUGCGUUCUAACUAGUAGCUACCCACUGUAGUUCGAUAACUAGCUACCUAUAUACCUAUUUGGCAAGGUAACUUCGUGAACAUUGAGUUAGCUAACUAAUAAUAGCGUUGCAUGCAUGUGCAUCACAACAUGCGGUUUGCGCUCACAUACACUACAUGGCCAAAAGUAUGUGGACAUCCCUUAAUUUGUCGAUUCGGCUGUUUCAGCCACACCCGUUGCUGACAGAGGUAUACAUUUGAGCACACGGCCAUGCAAUCUCCAUAGACAAACAUUGCCAGUAGAAUGGCUUUACUGAACAGCUCAGUGACUUUAAACUUGGCACCAUCAUAGGAUGCCACCUUUCCAACAAGUCAGUUUGUCAAAUUUCUGCCCUGCUAGAGCUGCUCUUCAGCGGGAGAGUUCUAGGAGCAACAACGGCUCAGCCGCGAAGUGGUAGGCCACACAAGCUCACAGGACGGGACCGCUGAAGUGCGUAGCGCAUAAAAAUGUGUCUGUCCUCAGUUGCAAAACUCAUUACCGAGUUCCAAACUGCCUCUGUUCGUCGGGAGCUUCAUGAAAUGGGUUUCCAUGGCCGAGCAGCCGCACACAAGCCUAAGAUCACCAUGCGCAAUGCCAAGCGUCGGCUGGAGUGGUGUAAAGCUCGCCGCCAUUGGACUCUGGAGUACUGGAAACGCGUUCUCUGGAGUGAUGAGUCACGCUUCACCGUCUGACAGAUGAAUCUGGGUUUGGCGGAUGCCAGGAGAACGCUACCUGCCUAAAUGCAUAGUGCCAACUGUAAAGUUUGGUGGAGGAGGAAUAAUGGUCUGGGGCUGUUUUCCAUGGUUCGGGCUAGGCCCCUUAGUUCCAGUGAAGGGAGAUCUUAAUGCUACAGCAUAUAAUGACAUUCUAGAUGAUUCUGUGCUUCCAACUUUGUGGCAACAGCUUGGGAAGGCCCUUUCCUGUUUCAGCAUGACAAUGCCCGCUCAGCCCAGUCAAAACUGUUCGCUGCUCUGGCACCCCAAUGGUGGAACAAGCCCCCUCACGACGCCAGGACAGCGGAGUCACUCACCACCUUCCGGAGACACUUGAAACCCCACCUCUUUAAGGAAUACCUGGGAAAGGAUAAAGUAAUCCUUCUACCCCCCCUUACCCCACCCCCCCAAAAAAUUAAAUAAUAAUAAUAAUAUAUAUAUUGUAAAGUGGUUGUCCCACUGGCUAUCAUAAGGUGAAUGCACCAAUUUGUAAGUCGCUCUGGAUAAGAGCGUCUGCUAAAUGACUAAAAUGUAAAUGCACAAAGCGAGGUCCAUAUAGAAAUGUGGAAGAACUUGACUGCCCUGCACAGAGCCCUGACUUGAUUUGGGAUGAAUUGGAACGCAGACUGCGUGCCUGACCUCACUAAUGUUCUUGUGGCUGAAUGGAAGCAAUACCCCGCAGCAAUGUUCCAACAUCUAGUGGAAAGCCUUCCCGAAAGAGUGGCGGCUGUUAUAGCAGCAAAGGGGGGACCAACUCCAUAUUAAUGGCCAUGAUUUUGGAAUGAGAUGUUCGACAAGCACUGUCCACAUACUUUUGGCCAUGUAGUGUAGCUAAUUAGCUAGCUAGCGUACCUAGCAAGCUAAUGGCACCACAACUUGACUCUUGCUACACGAAAACAUUAGCUAGGUAGUUAACGUUAGCCACUUUGUCUAUAAUAGCCACACACAACCUGUAUUAUCAUAAGUUGUAUUUUUACCUAAUGCAUGGUUCCCAGGCAGCUAUCACUGUCUAGACAUUUUCUAUAAUGGUCAUUAUUAGGGUACAGUGGGGAAAAAAAGUAUUUAGUCAGCCACCAAUUGUGCAAGUUCUCCCACUUAAAAAGAUGAGAGAGGCCUGUAAUUUUCAUCAUAGGUACACGUCAACUAUGACAGACAAAUUGAGAAAAAAAAUCCAGAAAAUCACAUUGUAGGAUUUUUAAUGAAUUUAUUUGCAAAUUAUGGCGGAAAAUAAGUAUUUGGUCACCUACAAACAAGCAAGAUUUCUGGCUCUCACAGACCUGUAACUUCUUCUUUAAGAGGCUCCUCUGUCCUCCACUCUUUACCUGUAUUAAUGGCACCUGUUUGAACUUGUUAUCAGUAUAAAAGACACCUGUCCACAACCUCAAACAGUCACACUCCAAACUCCACAAUGGCCAAGACCAAAGAGCUGUCAAAGGACACCAGAAACAAAAUUGUAGACCUGCACCAGGCUGGGAAGACUGAAUCUGCAAUAGGUAGGCAGCUUGGUUUGAAGAAAUCAACUGUGGGAGCAAUUAUUAGGAAAUGGAAGACAUACAAGACCACUGAUAAUCUCCCUCCAUCUGGGGCUCCACGCAAGAUCUCACGGUGAGCAAAAAUCCCAGAACCACACGGGGGGACCUAGUGAAUGACCUGCAGAGAGCUGGGACCAAAGUAACAAAGCCUACCAUCAGUAACACACUACGCCGCCAGGGACUCAAAUCCUGCAGUGCCAGACAUGUCCCCCUGCUUAAGCCAGUACAUAUCCAGGCCCAUCUGAAGUUUGCUAGAGUGCAUUUGGAUGAUCCAGAAGAGGAUUGGGAGAAUGUCAGAUGAAACCAAAAUAUAACGUUUUGGUAAAAACUCAACUCGUCGUGUUUGGAGGACAAAGAAUGCUGAGUUGCAUCCAAAGAACACCAUACCUACUGUGAAGCAUGGGGGUGGAAACAUCAUGCUUUGGGGCUGUUUUUCUGCAAAGGGACCAGGACGACUGAUCCGUGUAAAGGAAAGAAUGAAUGGGGCCAUGUAUCGUGAGAUUUUGAGUGAAAACCUCCUUCCAUCAGCAAGGGCAUUGAAGGUGAAACGUGGCUGGGUCUUUCAGCAUGACAAUGAUCCCAAACACACCGCCCGGGCAACGAAGGAGUGGCUUCGUAAGAAGCAUUUCAAGGUCCUGGAGUGGCCUAGCCAGUCUCCAGAUCUCAACCCCAUAGAAAAUCUUUGGAGGGAGUUGAAAGUCCGUGUUGCCCAGCGACAGCCCCAAAACAUCACUGCUCUAGAGGAGAUCUGCAUGGAGGAAUGGGCCAAAAUACCAGCAACAGUGUGUGAAAACCUUGUGAAGACUUACAGAAAACGUUUGACCUGUGUCAUUGCCAACAAAGGGUAUAUAACAAAGUAUUGAGAAACUUUUGUUAUUGACCAAAUACUUAUUUUCCACCAUAAUUUGCAAAUAAAUUCAUUAAAAAUCCUACAAUGUGAUUUUCUGGAUAUCUUUUCCACAUUUUGUCUGUCAUAGUUGACGUGUACCUAUGAUGAAAAUUACAGGCCUCUCUCAUCUUUUUAAGUGGGAGAACUUGCACAAUUGGUGGCUGACUAAAUACUUUUUUCCCCCACUGUAGCUAACUAGUCCCUAACUAGCCAGCUAGUAUUAAAGUUAGCUAGCUAGAAUUGAAAACAUGUCGUCGACUGAAUUUGGUAGUAUGGGGGCGAUUUCCGCUGUUUUAAUAAUUGCCAACAGUUUGCAUUGAUAAGAAUUUUGUCAUCAAGCUCUCUAGUAACUGGACAUUACAGUUUUGGACUAUGUUUUAAAGUGUCAUAGCAAAAAUGCUUAAAAUGGUGUACUCAAACAAAAAGUUAGUGUUAAAAUUGGGGGCUGACAUCAGGCUGAUUUUGCAUGUCUGCAACACAUACUGUACAAAUUAUUUACACAUACUACUGCACACUAACUGUUCUAUGAUCAUUUAGAUAACUAUUUAUUAGUCACUGAAAAUAAACUAGAUAAUAUGUAGUAAAUAAUCACCUUUCCCCUCCUUUUCAGUGUACAACUAUGUAAGAAUCUUGCAGACAAAACAAAUCAUGACAGCACAAUAAAAGGUAAGCUCAAAAAUGAAAGUACACAUCUGUGCUCCUUGAAAGAACAGUAUGCAUGUUAGUUUUGCAACAAUUUAGUCUUUGUAACAAUCAAUGAUAGGGUCUCGCUAUGUCAGGUGUCAUCUAAUGUUCAUAUAGCAUCAUAGUGAACUUACGCCUCAACAGCUCUUCAGUUGUCUGUUUGUGAGAAGGGGGUUAUACUGAUACAUUGUAUUGAUAGUAAUUAUCUGCCUGUUUGCCUCUUUUAUUCAUUCUCUAGAUAUACAGGCUGCUUUGUACGAACUCUGCUGGCAUGUCAUUCAGGGGAACUUCAAGCUGGACCUUGCUGCUAGCGUCCUAUGUGACAUGAUGGUAUGUAUGGCCCUGUUGAAGUCCUCUCAUUCUCUACAAUGUCUGUCAUCCCAGAAAAUCUGCCAUGCGUUAGUUAGUGCAUUAACAAAAUUAGGGUUUUGUGUCAUAUAGGAGAGUCCUUUUAGUGAAAACAUUGACUAGUGCAGUAUCUGCCAUUGAGGAGUGACGUGUAUUUAGUUCUUGAUUUGUGGUUAUUAAUCGAAGGAGGUUCAUUUAGCAGGUGUUCAAGUUGAUAGAGUAUUUAAUGUGAUAACUCAAUGAAUCCACAAGUUUUUCCUGUGUUCCCUGGAAUGUGGGAUUUUUGUAAUGUUACCAAUAGAGGCACAGACGCUAUGAUUAGGAAGGUACACUUGCAGCUGCGCCAUAAUAAAACGGUCCUCUCUUCUGCCGACCAGCCAAUUCAUUAUUAGUUCAGUUCAGACUGAAACCGUGUGCUUUGCUUGUAAAGAAAGCUAAACACCGCUUCUGGAACUUCUGUAUCAGCAAACAAAUUUCAUUAAGAAUGUACCUUUUGAAUGCUUCUGAUUUCUUGUUUAUUUCCAGGAACUGCGGGAUGACAUGCCAUCCAUUUUAGCAGAUGUUUUCAGUAUACUAGGUGGGUAUGACUUCAGUUUGGGCAUAUUGUGACAGUCAUUUGCAAUUGGUUGCCUAAAUGUCAAAAAAUGUGUUGCUGAAUUACAGUCAUAAUAUUGUAAUGUUUUAAUCAUUAUUUUGACAGACAUAGAGACCAGUUCUUUAGAGGAAAAAAACAAACGAGACCGUUACACCCAGCUAGUGGGAGCCUGUCUGGUAAGUGUAUUUCAAGUUUUUAUUGCGAAGAGCAAAAAUACAUUCUCAUGAAAUGAUGUCAAACUUUCACUAGGUGGCAGUAUUGAUCAUAGAAAACUCAGCCUUUUUCUGUUCUAUUUCCUACUGUAAGGCAAAACACACAUUAUUUGAGUUUCAAGCUUGAAUACGAACAAACGUUUUUUUAAAUACUAUUGGCUCUGAAUUUACAAUAUUAUAUUAACGUUUGAUUCUCUUCAGAAAUGUUACAUUUGCUAUCGUUCAUAACCAGGGGUGAAAGUAAGUAGGUCCGGUACCGUGUCCCGGCAAAAUAAGUAGUGGGGCUACAUCGUACCGGUAAAACGUGAGCCUAUCACAAUUAACACAAAAUGCCAAAAAACGAUAGGGUUUUACAUCAUUAUUUAACAUUACUGCAUGUCAGCCGCAUGACAUUUUUUUGAAUUUACUUGAAACCGGGUGGUAUACGCUCCAAAUUGUGCUGUCGUUCAACAAGAACACUUACGUUUUGCCAAGGCAGAGAUGAGUGGCCGAGACGGACAAGACGGAAAUGAGUGGCUGAGACAGUCACUUGCGGACAACUGUGGACUCAUCAAUUCAGGCUACACGUGUAGGCCUAAUGACAAUCACAGAAUGUCAUUACAAUACACGUAGGUGUUUUGUAACAGAUGUCUCUUUCCAUUCGUCAAAUUGCGGGUGUAUAGUGCACUGUCGGGGUUUGGAUGCUGGAAUUAUUUUGUGAGUGGACGUAUGUGAGCGGGUAGCCUACAGGAGCGCCUUUGUUAAGUGAUUGUUUGACAAUCAGAUGAAAACAUCAUGACUGUUUGUUUAUGCCGCGUUAAAAGGCAUAGGCGACAGGUCCAUAAGGCUAGGGGAAGCUAAGCUUUCCCUAAAGUAAAUUGAAUUAAAUAGCCAAAUUAUAUAGCCUAAUUAAUUGGUGUUAUUUAAUUAUUAAAACCGGGGCGGCAGGUAGCUUAGUGGUUAAGAGCAUUGGGCCAGUAAUCUAAAGGUCGCUGGUUCGAAUCCCCGAGCCGACUAGGUGAAAAAUCUGUCGAUGUGCCCUUGAGCAAGGCACUUAACCCUAAUUGCUCCUGUAAGUCGCCCUGGAUAAGAGCGUCUGCUAAAUGACUAAAAUUUAAAUGUAAUUAGCAUACUCCUGUCUACACAGAAAUACAUUUAAUUAUUCAAAAUAAGCAACUACACCAGAAAGCAUCAUUUGGCCACAGAGGAUCAUUAGCUUCUUCUCUUUUUUUUGUUGCUGUGGAUUGUUUUAAAUCGCAUAGCCUACAGUCGGAAGGGCCCGCAAUUUGGGCAGCGCACAGCAAAUACCAAAUAGAUUAUUGUUGAGUUGCGACUGUCAGUGAAAAGUAGAGACCCAGCCAGCCAUAUCGCAAUAUUUAAAAAUACAAUUGCAGAAAAACAGUUUGGAAAGCAAAUGGCUGUUGCUGUAAAGAGAUAACAAUGAAAAGACUCCAAUCUGUCUUUUAGUUAUUACAAUUCUUGACUUAAUUGAGCGAACAGUAAGUAGCCUAUUUUAUUUGCACCAGUGGAGAACAUCAGCCAUAUCCCUGGUGAGUGUGCAUAUUCACUGCUUUAUCAUUGGGUCAGUAACACUUUUUUGUUUGUUUUUUGGACAAUAAUUUCCUCCUCCAGGUUAGAUAGAUGUCAUAUUGUAUUUGUGUCUCCCGUUUUUUGUAGGCCUAUUAUAUGGAUCAGACAUUGUUUUUAUUGAUCUGUCAGUGUCAGCAAAGUAGGCUACCCUAUAAUUUUUGUCGUAAUAAAAAAGAUUCUGCAUUCAGAAAGUUUUCAGAUCCCUUUACUUGUUCUACAUGUUGUUACGUUACAGCCUUAUUCUAAAAUGGAUUUAAUUGUAUUUUAUCCUCAUCAAUCUACACACAAUACCACAUAAUGACAAAGCAAAAACAGGUUUUUAGAUUUCUUUGCAAAUUUAAUAAAAAUGAAAUAUAACAUUUACAUAAGUAUUCAGACCCUUUACUCAGUACUUUGUUGAAGCACCUUUGGCAGACGCUACAAGCUUGGCCCACCUCUAUGUGGGGAGUUUCUCCCAUUCUUCUCUUGGAUGGGGAGCAUCGCUGCACAGCUGUUUUCAGGUCUCUCCAGAGUUGUUAAAUCGGGUUGAAGUCCGGACUCUGGCUGGGCCACUCAAGGACAUUCCAAGACUUGUCCCGAAGCCACUACUGCGUUGUCUUGGCUGUGUACUUAGGGUUGUUGUCCUGUUGAAAGGUGAACCAUUGCCCCAGUCUGAGGUCCUGAGCGCUCUGGAGCAGGUUUUCAUCAAGGAUAUCUCUGUACUUUGCUCCGUUCAUCUGCCGCUGAAAAACAUCCCCACAGCAUGAUGCUGCCACCACCAUGCUUCACCGUAGCGAUGGUGCCAGGUUUCCUCUAGACGUGACUCUUGGCAUUCAGGCCAAAGAGUUCAAUCUUGGUUUCAUCAGACCAGAGAAUGUUGUUUCUCACGGUCAGAGUCCUUUAGGUGCCUUUUUGCAAACUCCAAGCGAGCUGUCAUGUGCCUUUUACUGAGGAUUGGCUUCCAUCUGGCCACUCUACCAUAAAGGCCUGAUUGGUAGAGUUCUGCAGAGAUGGUUGUCCUUCUGGAAGGUUCUCCCAUCUCCACAGAGGAGCUCUGUCAGUGUGACCAUCGGGUUCUUGGUCACCUCCCUGACCAAGGCCCUUCUCCCCUGAUUGCUCAGUUUGGCCGGGCGGUCAGCUCUAGGAAGAGUCUUGGUGGUUCCAAACUUCUUCCAUUUAAGAAUGAUGGAGGCCACUGUGUUCUUGGGGACCUUCAAUGCUGCAGACAUUUUUUGAUACCCUUCCCCAGAUCUGUGCCUCGACACAAUCCUGUCUCGGAGCUCUACGGACAAUUCCUUCAACCUAAUGGCUUGGAUUUGCACUGUCAACUUUGGGACCUUAUAUAGACAGGUGUGUGCCUUCCCAAAUCAUGUCCAGUCAAUUGAAUUUACUACAGGUGGACUCCAAUCAAGUUGUAGAAACAUCUCAAGGAUGAUCAAUGGAAACAACAGGAUACACCUGAGCUCAAUUUUGAGGCUCGUAGCAAAGGGUCUGAAAUAUUUAUGUAAAUAAGGUAUUUCUGUUUUAUUUUUAAUACAUUUGCAAAAAUGUCUAAACCUGUUUUCGCUUUGUUAUUAUGGGGUAUUGUGUGUAGAUUGAUGAGGAUUUGUAUUUAUUUAAUCCAUUUUACAAUACGGCUAUAACGUAACAAAAUGUGGAAAAAGGGUCUGAAUACUUUCCGAAUGCACUUUAUCUCCAGUUAUAUAAAGUGUAGUAGAACAAGAAAUGUAUCUGAUAGGCCCAUUGCCUAGGCCUACUCUACGCCACUGUAUUGAAGUAUUUUUUUGUUAACAGUGAUGGAGUUAUAGUAUUUGCCUAAAUUAUGACUAUCCAUUCAAAUCAUCACAUUAGGAAUAGUUGGCUAUCUUACAUAAGUCUGCAAAUGCAAGGAUGCAUGGAAUGCUUUAUUAUAAAUGUGCAUGUUUAUGGUGAAAAUUAGCUUCCCCAAACUUGAAACCCACGCUAUGUUAAAAGGUAAUACAUGUUAAAAGUGAUAUGACAAAUCUUUACUAGGCCUUAGCCCACAGAGAUCAUAUAUAAAAUGUAAUAGGGGUUCUAUAUGUAAUUCUAUGAUUACACAUAGGCUAUACAAAAAAACAAAAUUGUGCACUCUUGGGUGUCCCAUACCGGUAAGAAAUUAAAUCUUCUUUCACCCCUGUUCAUAACCAUAUAAGAUCUAUUUACUAGUCUUUAUAGAGUCCCUCCAGGAGUUCGCAUUGGAUGUUUUGUUAUUAUUGCUGGCAAAAAUGUUUGAUUUUGCUUAGGCAAUUCUGACAUUUUGCAUGGCGAUAUGCAAUGAUUUUGUCCAAUUUGUUGCGAAAAUGCGCUGAUAUGGAAAAAGGUUUGAUGUGUGGCUUGAUUGAACCAUAUUUUCGGUAAACGCGCAGUGAUUGUACUGUGGCGAUGGGUCAGUUUUAAUGUGAUAAUAUUGCAAGAAUUUGACUGUUUUAUGCAGAAAUCGUGCAGUGAUUGGUCAACUUUGCAAGCCCUUGCACAAUAUGCUGGGAAUAUUUGUGACCGCGGAAUCCUGGAGGUUUAUAUAACACUUGUUUGUUUCGUCCUGCCCUCUCUUCAGUUCUUUGUGCCAGAUGCCAUCCUGAAGGAGAGGCUGGACCCAGAGACCCUGGAGUCCCUGGGACUCAUAAAGCAAGCCCAUCAGUUCAACCAGAAAAUCGUCAAAAUCAAGACCAAACUAUUGUAAGUGGAGCAGUAACUUAUUUUCAUCUUUAAAAAAACAAAAAUCCUGUAAUGUUCAGUGUCAAAACGUCAACAAUGUAAUAAAUUGAAUGGUCUGACCAAGUAGCCAGCCAAAGGUUAAAACCCACAUAGUCGCCCUCCAGAACUGGGGUUAGCUACUGUUAUCCCCAGGUCAGGGCAGCUCUAUUACUCAGCUGGGCUGAAUGUGCUGUUAACCCAAAGUUACAUCUCCAACCCUGGGCUAUCCACCUCGCAGCCUGUGGCUGUAGCAUUUAAUAUGUGACCAUUUACCCUAUAGGAUGAGAGCUUUGCCAUGAACGCCAAAUGUAAUGUCAGCACAGAAUGUAGAGAAAUUACAUCACUUUAGUUUUUUAUUUUCUUUCAGGCUGUUGUUCACACACUACCUUGCUGCAAUACAUUGUAAUUCAGGCCGUAUAGGGUUCUAUUACCUUAUAAUACACUAGAAACACAAUAAAUGAUCAUUUCACUUGCAUUCAUGUGUGGGCCUAAAGUUUGAAGUUGUUUAUCUAAUGUUGAAUGGUUCCGAGUGUGGCCUCCUACAUAUUGUUUUUGACUCUGUCCCCUUACAGUUACAAGCAGCAGAAGUUCAACUUGCUGAGGGAAGAGAAUGAGGGCUAUGCCAAGCUGAUCACUGAGCUGGGCCAAGACCUCUCAGGCAACAUCACCAGCCACGUCGUCCUAGAGAGUAUCAAGUCCCUAAUAGGUAUGAAAUACCUUGUCUUUUUUCAUUUUCAUCACGUUCUCCACAGCCAAGACGCAGCAGGCCCUUGUUGCACUCUUAGUCUCGCUGCAUUUUCUGUGACAGGUAUGAAUAAUUUCUGUGACCAACCCAGAAAGUAAUGGAGAUUUUAAGUUUGGCAGAAGUGCUUUUUACAGUUUAAAUUGAGGGUUGAAAUGUUUCCUGGGACGCUUAUAUAUUUUUAACUUUUAAAGACAAUAACUCUCCAUUUAGACUCCCAAAUGGGGGUUACAUUACACAUCGCCAUAUUUUGUACCCAAGUUAUUCAAUGUCAUCUGUACACCCUUACUUCCUCUCCACCCUGCAGGAUGCUUCAACCUGGACCCCAACCGCGUUCUGGACAUCAUCCUGGAGGUGUACGAGUGUCGCUCUGACCAAGAUGAGUUCUUCCUGCCCCUCAUCAAGUCCUACAUGUGUGAACCCCUCACCCUCUGCCAUAUCCUGGGCUUCAAGUUCAAGUUCAACCAGGUGAGAGAGCAGACUCCCCACUGUGACCGUGACAGUCUGUACUCUACAGCCUGUCUGAAACUGGCCGGAUAGAAACUGUACAAAUUGGUAUUUGUGAGGUGUUUGAGAGGAGCUACCUGUCCAAGAAGCGGAGAAAUCCUUAAACAAUUUAAAUGAAAAGACUUCAAGGUCUUAUUGAUGAGAACAUAAGUCUUUCCCAGGUUCUAACUUGACCUGCAAAAAUGAGGGGAAAUGGUGCAGUCAGACCUGAUGUGAAUAUUAAUGCUGGCAGUAGGGAUGUUAAUGGUUAACCGCAAAAAAUAAAUUUGACCUGUCAUAAUUUAGUGGAAUUAAAUUGGCUUGUAUAUUUUUGUUACUGGUCAUGCAUCUUAUUUAUCACACGUGCACAGAAUACAGAGCCUAGUUUGAGGAGUGGAAUGGCCUAUCACCUGUCAGACAGCGCGAGAGCAGCUCCUCAAAAAGCUGGUACUGGAGUGAAACGUGCUUUUAUAAGCCCAGUCAUUAAGCAACAAAUAACAAUUCGAAAUGCAAUCGUGUGCCAACUUACGAUUUAAAAAUAGCUAUUUUUAUUUCUUAACUCGUAGUUAAAGCGUGCCUCCCAUUCGAGUGCAUAGAGUAUAGUCAACGGUAGGCAGGCUAUCAGCACGUCACCCAUCACUUUACAAUGUGAGCUUGAGGCAGUGUAAUUGUUAUACCUUGCUUCAAAGUAACCUAGCCAAAAUCCAACCAUAGAAAUGUGGAGGCAAUUCUUCUAUAAAGACUUCCUCGUGCCAUUAACCAGCAUUUCUCUCCUGUUUUAUUGGUUUUCAUAUGUGACCGACCGGCUCGAUUUGGUCUUAUGUAGCAAAAUUUGAAAUUGUGUUUUUUACAUUGGAUAAAAGUAGAGACUCAGAGCUAGAAAAUUGUAUAUCAUACACUACACUUGAGGAACAAUGGGAAAGUAAUUCUGCUUUGAAAGUUGAUGAACUUGUAACCUCACUUUGAGAAAAUGGCCCUUGAAUGUUUUGGUACCAACUGGAGAGCUCUUCUUUGUCUACACCCAUUCAGCAUAGUUCACACCCUCUUAAGCUUUCGCCCCACCCAUCUCUUUAAGGAUUCACAUGGCUGGUUUCUAAAGGCUGGUUUAUACUACGGGUGUGUUUGUAAAUUUAAUGUUUGAAAAUGUUGUUUUAUUAGCUGCUUCAUUACAGCAGUUGCAUGUUCAUUAAUAGGCUAUAGUCUUUUGACUGUAAGACGAUAGGCUUGCUAUUGUUGCAUGUUUUCAUGAAGCUCUUAAGAAACAUGUCCGUUCCUUGUAUGUAUACAUAGUCUUUUCUGUUGGUCAUGUCAUUUUACUGUUUGGAUUAUAAAAAAAAAAAAUAAAAAUAAAAACCUGUUAAUGAGGGUCGGCAGCAAAAUUGACCGAAAUUUGCAUCCCUAGCUGCCAGUCACUGAAAUAUACACUUUCGCUUCAAGUUGGGGAUCAAAAGACAGCCGAGUGAAUUUCUCUGUUGAUUUGUACUAGACCCUACCCCCAUCCAUUAGCUGUUCCUCAGUAUGUAUUGAGUGUUCCCUGACUGUCCCUCUCCUCCCAGGAGCCCAAUGAGGAGACCCCCACGUCACUCUACCACAUCGCUGCCGCCCUCUUGCACCACAACCUUAUAGAGCUGGAGGACCUCUAUGUGCACGUAAGCAUCUCUCAACUCACACCUACAGAGCAUUGUCUCAUAUAAUACAGUUCCUUCAGGAAGUAUUCACACCCCUUGACUUUUUCCACAUUUUGUUGUUACAGCCUUAAUACAAAAUAAAAAAUCACUGGCCUGCACACAAUACAAAUUAAUUAAAAAUGAACAUCUGAAAUGUCUUGAGUCAAUAAUUGUUCAACCCCUUUGCAAGCCUAAAUAAGUUCAGGAGUAAAUAUUUGCUUAACAAGCCACAUAAGUUGCAUGGACUUACUCUGUAUGCAUAAUAGUGUUUAACAUGAUUUUUGAAUGACUACUGUACCCCACACAUAUAAGUAUCCAUGAGGUCCCUUGUUCGAGCAGUGAAAUUCAAAAACAAAGACCAGGGGUUUUUCAAUGCCUUGCAAAGAAGGGCACCUAUUGGUAGAUUGCUAAAAAUAAAAAAUAAAGAAGACCGUGACUAUCACUUCGAGCAUGGGGAAGUUAUUAAUUAGUCUUUGGCUGGUGUAUCAAUACUCUGAGUUAUACAAGAUACAGUCGUCCUUCCUAACGCAGUUGCCGGAGAGGAAGGAAACCGUUCAUGGAUUUCACCGAGGCCAAUGGGUGACUUUAAAUCAGUUACAGAGUUUAAUGGCUGUGAUAGGAGAGAACUGAGGAUGGACAAUAACUUAAAACACAAGGCCAAAUAUACACUGGAGUUUCUUACCAAGAAGACGGUGAAUGUUCCUGAGUGGCCUAUUUCAAGUCUCAAAACUGUAAUCAGCUUGGAAAUCUAUGGCAAGACUUAAAUGGCUGUCUAGCAAUGAUUUUCAACCAACUUGACAUAGCUUGAAGAAUUUAAAAAUAAUAAUGUGCAAAUAUUGUACAAGCCAGGUGUGCAAAGCUCUUACACUUACCCAGAAAGACUCACAGCUGUAAUCACUGUCAUUGACUCAGGGGAUUGAAUACUUAUCUAAUCAAGAUAUAUUAGUUUUAUAAGAUAUUUUCCAAAUGUUAGAAUUUUUCUUCCACCUUGACAUGUUCUGUGUAGAUCGUUGACAAAAAAUGACAAAUCCAUUUUAAUCCCACUUUGUAACACAACAAAAUAUAUAAUAUUAUUUUAUAUCAAAGAUUUAAGACUAACAUUGGUUGUCCUCAGUGCAUGCCCGAUUUGUGCAACAGGUGAUCCAAUAGAAAAUCGAAAUGCCUGGUGUUAUAAAUUGUGACCUGAUGUAUGACUGAGCCUGCCUUGCCUUCCCAGCUGAUGCCACUGGAUGCCAGCAUUGUAGAGGAGCACAAGAGAGAGAUCACGGAGGCCAAGCAGAUCGCCCGCAAGCUCACCAUGGUGGUGGUGCCCUCCGAGAAGACAGAGGACAAGGAGAGAGAGAAGGAGAAAGAGGAGGAGAAGAACGACAAGGUAAAGUAAUCUCAUGUUACACUCGCAUACAUUUCUACUAUUUCAAAUACAUGUCUCCACAUUUGUGUAACUGUUCCGCGCUAAAGCACAACUCUACUUCCACUAAGUGUCUUUCUUUAAUUGCCAUGAUGAAUACCAGUCUUUUAUAAGGCUGCCUCAGUGUGCUGCUGAAGGAAAGGGAAAAGGCUUUAUUGUUGUGUGUGUUAACGAGGUCUCAGUCAGUGUCUGUCUGAGGCAGGGCCGUGCUGACGACCACCGACAGACCGACAGCACAGACAGUGAUUGAUGGGCAAGAGGAGGUCUGUUAGAGCUGCAGCAGUUGUCGUCCCCCGCGUGCUAAAAGUAACGAAGAGCAACACUGAAGGCUUUUGUGGGCCAUGUUUCUAAAAUAAAUUCAGCCUCCAGCCCAAGAUCCAGAUUGUCAGAUUGCAUCUAUCAUCUGGGUGCCUGCGUCAUGCUAAUGCUAAAUUUAGCAAAUAACUGUUUCAAUAAUAGUUUUUGCUGUGGCUUGCAAAAAAGUUAUUUUUCUUUAAAUAUUCCAAAACAUGCAGCCUGUUUGCAAUAAGGCACUAAAGUAAAACUGCAAAGAAAUGAACUUUAUGUCCUGAAUACAAAGUGUUAUGUUUGGGGCAAAUCCAACACAACACAUCUUUUCAAGCAGGGUGGGGGUUGCAUCAUGUUAUGGGUAUCCUUGUCAUCGGCAAAGACUAGGGAGAUAAUAAAAUACGAAAUAGACCUAAGCACAGGCAAAAUCCUUGAGGAAAACCUGGUUGUCUGCUUUCCAACAGACACUGGGAGACAAAUUCAAAAUCGUUCAACAUUAAGCUCACAGUUUGAGAUAAGCGCAUUUUGUUUAUAGAAUAGCCUGGCCCGAUAAAUAAGUGAGUGACAUUGCAUGAGCAAAAUGUCAGUUUGUCCUCUAGCUAGUUCACUCAUCCCACGCUCACAGCCUCUCCCUGACAGCACUGUCUUGUUACUAGGCUCUGUCACAGUUGGUUGUGUCAGUCACACACACGAAUGAAGUGCAGCGUCAGGUAGGAUGAGAGAUUUCUAGAGUUCCUUGUUCCCAUCCAGUGCUGCUGGAGAAAAUUACGUCUCAGGAUUUACUGACUAGGCUUUGUGUUUGCAAAUCCUCCGUAACCUCUUUUAAUGGGCCUGCUUUGUACUGUGUGAGAUCCUCCGCUAUACCUUAUCGUCAUAAACUAAGGACUUAGGAAGAGCUGCUCUCAGACUAACUUCUGCUGCUGCUCCAAUUGCCCUGCGCUUCACUCAAGCUCACCCACACACGCACACACUCAGCAUUUCCCCCUCUCCCCUCAGCCUCCUGAUAACCAGAAGCUGGGGUUGUUGGAAGCGCUGCUGAGGAUCGGAGACUGGCACCAUGCCCAAAGCAUUAUGGACCAGAUGCCCGCCUUCUAUGCCACCUCUCACAAGGCCAUCGCCCUGGCGCUGUGCCAGCUGCUGCAUCUGACUGUGGAGCCGCUGUACCGCAGGUGCCCACCCGCUCCCCUGGAUUCACUUAGUGCUCUUUACACAUUAGUGGAAGAAAUGCACACAUGCACCUAAAUACACAGCAACACGACAUGUCAGUGUACAUACACACACAUAGCCAGCCAACCAAACUACAACCUCCUCUGAUGCCAGCCUUUCAUUUAAUUGUAGGCAUGCACACAGACACAACAGCAGUCGCAUGCAGAACCCCCUACUGUUAACACUAGAGCAGUGGAGGCUUUAUGUUGCUGUUUGUAGUACCCCUGUCUCACCUGUUUCCCUUGCAGAGCCGGGGUCCCCAAAGGGGCCAAGGGAUGUUUGAUGAGGCCCCUGAGGAACAAGCGGGCCCCCAGGCCUGCCGAGAGCUUUGAGGACCUGCGCAGGGACGUGUUCAGCAUGCUCUGCUACCUGGGACCCCACCUCUCCCAUGACCCCAUCCUCUUUGCCAAGAUAGUACGCCUGGGCAAGGGCUUCAUGAAAGAGGUACAGGCCCUAAAGUCGAUUGACGAUGAUUUAUGCUUUAUUGAUCCCCAAAGGAAAAUGUAUUGGUAUACCCUCUCCUACUCUGGCUUCAUCUCACUAAUUGUCCCCCUAUUAUUUUUUCCCCCCCCUCCAGUACCAAAGUGAGGGUAGAAAUGACAACGUCAAGGACAAAAUGGUGAGUUGUCAAAGUAAAUGGGACCAAGAAGUGACUUGAACAGUCUUGUUGUAUUAAUCAGUUUUAAAAAAUGCACAGAGAAUAAAUAUAAUAUGAAAUUGUAUUUGUCAAAUGCGCCAAAUACAACGGGUGUAGACAUUACCAUGAAAUACUUGCUUUUGAGCCCUUCCCAACGAUGCAGAGUUAAAAAAGUAAUAAUAAAAAGGAAAAAUAGUAACAAGGAAUAAAAUACACAACAAUGGAACUAUAUACAGGGCGUACCAGAUCAAUGUGCAGGAGUACGAGGUAUUUAAGGUGUUAGGUUCUGAACAAACAGAGUAAAAACACAAACGGAUGACUAGGAAAAGCUCAAAUCAAGUUUAUUCACCCACUGGGUCAUACAGCUGCAAAGACGAGGUAUUAUUACACAAUCACAUAUAUUUAUAACCUCCUAAUAGGCGGGGUCAACUCCUUACACAUCAAGACAGCCAAUACAUUUAUAUUGCUAGGCAGGAACCAAUUAAGUUUAAGAUGGAAGUAUGGUUGUCCCCGACAAAAAUAAAUCUUGGUCGACAGUCAUCAGUUCAAAUUUUAAAACGUAUAUAUUUCCAUAUAGACAUAAAAUAAACUAUAAGUAGGCUACUGAGCUUGUCUGAUGCUUUAAGCACUGUGAUUAAAAAUGAAGACACACAAAUUACAAAAGAGGGAGCCAGAGAUCAAUAUAGCCUAACCAGAAGAAAAUAACCUCCCGCUGCUGCUGGCCUUCGUUACGCUCCUGAAGUUGCCGGUAAUAGGCUACACCAGCAGUCGGCAACCUUUUCCAUUUGGAGUGCCAAGUUAUCGUUACCUUUCUACUGAUCUGCGUACCAGUUAUGAUUUUCAUGGAACAGUUUCAUUUCAUUUACAAAAAAAGUAUUCAUAUCUCAAAAUCAAUGUCAUGUGAUUAAUCAAAAUUCUAUCUAAAUUAAAAAUAACUUCUAUUGCCAAUAUGUAAAAUUAGCCUACAUAAAGCCAACAAAUAAAAACAUUGCAGCACGCAGGUAGAAAAUAUCCUGAUGGAAAAUAAAUAUCCAAUAAAUCACAUUGGCUACGCAUGGCCUGUCUGCAAGGAACUUUAAACAUUGUAUCAACUUUUAACUUGGUCCGGCCCAUGCUAGAAAACUUGCAACAUUGUAUAAAAUAUUCUGGGCCAUCGGUUUCCCAUGCCGGUGAGCUCUGGACAGAUAGACAAAGCUGUAGGCUAUUUGCGCAAGGGAUAAGAAGUCAUAAAAUAGGCAUAUCUGAUUAUUUAUAUAUACAGUGGGGAGAAUAAGUAUUUGAUACACUGCCGAUUUUGCAGGUUUUCCUACUUACGAAGCAUGUAGAGGUCUGUAAUUUUUAUCAUAGGUACACUUCAACUGUGAGAGACGGAAUCUAAAACAAAAAUCCAGAAAAUCACAUUGUAUGAUUUUUAAGUAAUUAAUUUGCAUUUUAUUGCAUGACAUAAGUAUUUAAUCACCUACCAACCAGUAAGAAUUCCGGCUCUCACAGACCUGUUAGUUUUUCUUUAAGAAGCCCUCCUGUUCUCCACUCAUUACCUGUAUUAACUGCACCUGUUUGAACUCGUUACCUGUAUAAAUGACACCUGUCCACACACUCAAUCAAACAGACUCCAACCUCUCCACAAUGGCCAAGACCAGAGAGCUGUGUAAGGACAUCAGGGAUACAAUUGUAGACCUGCACAAGGCUGGGAUGGGCUACAGGACAAUAGGCAAGCAGCUUGGUGAGAAGGCAACAACUGUUGGCGCAAUUAUUAGAAAAUGGAAGAAGUUCAAGAUGACGGUCAAUCACCCUCGGUCUGGGGCUCCAUGCAAGAUCUUACCUCGUGGGGCAUCAAUGAUCAUGAGGAAGGUGAGGGAUCAGCCCAGAACUACACGGCAGGACCUGGUCUCUGAAGAGAGCUUGGACCACAGUCUCAAAGAACCAUUAGUAACACACUACGCCGUCAUGGAUUAAAAUCCUGCAGCGCACGCAAGGUCCCCCUGCUCAAGCCAGUGCAUGUCCAGGCCCGUCUGAAGUUUGCCAAUGACCAUCUGGAUGAUCCAGAGGAGGAAUGGGAGAAGGUCAUGUGGUCUGAUGAGACAAAAAUAUAGCUUUUUGGUCUAAACUCCACUCGCCGUGUUUGGAGGAAGAAGAAGGAUGAGUACAACCCCAAGAACACCAUCCCAACCGUGAAGCAUGGAGGUGGAAACAUCAUUCUUUGGGGAUGCUUUUCUGCAAAGGGGAUAAGACGACUGCACCUUAUUGAGGGGAGGAUGGAUGGGGCCAUGUAUCGCGAGAUCUUGGCCAACAACCUCCUUCCCUCAGUAAGAGCAUUGAAGAUGGGUCGUGGCUGGGUCUUCCAGCAUGACAACGACCCGAAACACAAAGCCAGGGCAACUAAGGAGUGGCUCCGUAAGAAGCAUCUCAAGGUCCUGGAGUGGCCUAGCCAGUCUCCAGACCUGAACCCAAUAGAAAAUCUUUGGAGGGAGCUGAAAGUCCGAAUUGCCCAGCGACAGCCCCGAAACCUGAAGGAUCUGGGGAAGGUCUGUAUGGAGGAGUGGGCCAAAAUCCUUGCUGCAGUGUGUGCAAACCUGGUCAAGACCUACAGGAAACGUAUGAUCUCUGUAAUUGCAAACAAAGGUUUCUGUACCAAAUAUUAAGUUCUGCUUUUCUGAUGUAUCAAAUACUUAUGUCAUGCAAUAAAAUGCACAUUAAUUACUUAAAAAUCAUACAAUGUGAUUUUCUGGAUUUGUUUUAGAUUCCGUCUCUCACAGUUGAAGUGUACUUAUGAUAGAAAUUACAGACCUCUACAUGCUUUGUAAGUAGGAAAACCUGCAAAAUCGGCAGUGUAUCAAAUACUUGUUCUCCCCACUAUAUAUAUAUAUAUAUUUUUUUUUUUCUUUCAUGCCGAGUGGUUAUCGAAAGGGAGAGAGCUGGAAAGAUUUUUUACAUAGGCUACGUUGAGGAACUAUUGUCAUUCUCAAUGGAUGUAAAAACGGACUUCAUUUACUUGCUAUUUGAGGCUAAGAAAAAAUUACUUUGAGAAGCUCCACCGUGAUGGUGAGUUAAGACAAUCAGAGAUAGUAUCAGAUCCCCAAAUGGGCACAUUUAUAGGCCUACAUUUGAAGGCAGGCCAGGUAGCCUAGGCCUACUUCUAUGCGUAAUCAGAUGCGUGUCCUUACUCAAGAUUGACAGGAGCGCUCCAAACAAAAGACAAUAAAUUGACAACUCGUAAAUGGAAUUAAAUAAACCAAAAACUUAGGUAGCCUAGGUUGUGCGCUCUGCAAACAACGUGUCCACUCCGACAAUGACAAUGGUAAGACUGUAGUAAGAAUAAUAUAUUGAAUGCAUUAAGAUAAAUUACCGUAACCAAACAAGCAUUGUAUAUUAGAAAUGAUGGGAAUUAACAGUAAAUGUACUACUGGUGAUACUGGUGUGCCUCCGAAAUGGAUUAGUCCACUCAGACAGGCGUGAAUCGGAUGUCUCAUGUGCCAUACAUUUUAUUUUUACAUUUGCCACUGCUCGACUAAAAAAAUCUGUCGACCAACAGCCUAUCGACCAAAUAAUCGACCAGCCGACUAAAUGGGGUCAGCCCUAGAAGGAAGGUAGGAUUUUUGUGGUCCUCUGUAGCUCAGCUGGUAGAGUACGGCGCUUGUAACGCCAAGGUAGUGGGUUCGAUCCCCGGGACCACCCGUACACAAAAAAAUGUAUGCACGCAUGACUAAGUCGCUUUGGAUAAAAGCGUCUGCUAAAUGGCAUAUUAUUAUUUAUUAUUAUAAAGAGACUAGGAAUCAGGAUUAAGGAUGCAAAUCUGUCUUUCUAUGGUUCGAUUUUGGCUAGGCUACUUUGAAGCAUGGUAAGACAUUCCUCAUUAUUUGAAGUGAAGUAAAACGUUCAGGUUUUAAGCAAUUAUACUGCCUCAAGCUCACUUUGUGGUGGGUGAAGUGCUGAUAGCCUUUCUACCAUUGACUAGCCUAUGCACUCGAAUGACGAAUGGGAGGCGCACUUUAAUUGUUGAGAUUGAGCAAUAGAAAUAGUAACUUAUUUUAAUCGUGGCCAUCAAAACAGUUAACACGCGAUUGCAUUUCGAAUUGUUAUUUGUUGCUUAAUGACUGGGCUUAUAAAAGCACGUUUCACUCCAGUACCAGCUUUUUGAGGAGCUGCUCUCGCGCUGUCUGACAGGUGAUAGGCCAUUCCACUCCUCAAACUAGGCUCUGUAUUCUGUGCACGUGUGAAAAAUAAGAUGCAUGACGAGUAACAAAAAUACACACAAAACAAUUCCACUAAAUUAUGCAAAUUAACCUAUAGAUCGAUAAUCAUGUAUUUUCGAUUAAUGCUCAACCGUUAACAUCCCUAAACAGGAUUGAUGAUAAUAAUAAUAAUAAUUAGUAAAAUAAAGGACAGAGUAGCAGCAGCAUAUUAGUGUGUGUGCGUAUGUAGUUUAUGUGUCUGGGUUUUGUGUGGGAGUGUCAGUGGAGUGUUUGUGAGUGUGCAUAGAGUCAGUGCAAGAUAGGGUCAAUACAGAUAGUCCAGGUAACCAUUUAAUAAAACAUGUAGCAGUCUUAUGGCUUAGGGGUAGAAGCUGUCUGGGAGCAUGUUGAUCCGAGCGCCGAUGCUCCAGUACUGUUUACCGGACGUGGCUUGGGUGGCUGGAGUCUUCUGCAAUAUUUUGGGGCUUCCUCUGACACCACCUGAUAUAGAGGUCCUGGAUGGCACGGAGCUCGGCCCCCGUGAUCUACUGGGCUGUCUGCACCACUCUCUGUAGAGCUUUGCAGUCGAGUGCGGUGCAUUUGCCAUACCAAGCGGUGAUGCAGCCAGUCAAGAUUCUCUCGAUGGUGCAGCUGUAGAACUUUUUGAGGAUCGGAGGGCCCACGCCAAAUCUUUUUGCCUCUUCCCCCUCAGGAGGCUAAUCUUUGGCCAUUUAAUUCUGUAAGCAUUCACUCACUGUGGUCUGUGCUCUGGUGGUUGAUGUGCUCCUGUUCCCUCCUAGGACACAUUGCUGAGUUGUUUCCUGAGCAUUGCAGACCAGGUGCUGCUGCCCUCGCUCUCUCUCAUGGAGUGUAACGCCUGCAUGUCAGAGGAGCUCUGGGGCCUCUUCAAACUCUUCCCCUACCAGCACAGGUGAGACACACACACAAACACACAAAAAAUCAUAGCGGUGUCAUUUUAGACUUGAACUGACAUGUUUUGCCAUCCAUUUUGAAUCCAUCCCAUGGAGAAAGCAAAGCCCUCACAGAGACUGGAGUAUGUGGGUUUAUACAACUUGUUCUAUUCUCCGCCCUGUUGUGUUCUGUUGGUAUUUAAAGGUCCUAUUUCCAGGCUGGUCCUGGUGUAUGUAUUAUUAGAUGUCAGUGUUAACCCACCCACCUGUGUUCUACCUGUGGUCGUCAGGUACCGGCUAUACGGGCAGUGGAAGAACGAGACUUACACAAGCCACCCACUUCUGGUCAAGGUCAAAGCUCAGACUGUGGACAGAGCCAAAUACAUCAUGAAGUAAGUCAC